AUGGCUUCUGUAUCCUCUGUCUCCGUGACUAUCUCUCACCCGUCCAGCGCCUCCGACGUACAAGAGGCGGCAUAUCUUUCUCGAGCUCGCACCCUGCACUGGAUACGCAUGGGUCUUGCCAUAACAAUCCUUGGUGCUGCAACCGGAGUUGUGGGUUCCGAGGGCGAGUCUCUUAGUUACUACAACGUGACCAAGUCUUAUUCGCGCGUUGGUUUGUCGCUGUGGCCUCUGAAUCUAGACAUUCGUGGCACAUAUGCUCUGCUAGCUUGCGGCGCUGUCAUUCUUUUUCAGGCCAUUAUCUACAUUACUAUGGCAUUUUUCCCUUCUCCGUAUCCUCGCACCCGACUUCUCAACUUACUUUCCUCCGCCGUUGGCCUAUGCAGUCUGAUUAUCGCCAUUGUUGGCGUAGCCUUCUCCAUCUACUUGCCUUCAGCCAAGUAUCCCGACGGGUACACAGUCGGAGAGACAAUCCACAGCUGGACCUGCAAAUGGGACUCCUUGAACGGUGUAAAUGGCACCAACGCAAAUGGCAAACCGCUGACUGCGCCGAGUCACUUCUCGCGUAUCUGCACCGAUUCUGAGGCCGGCUUCGUCUUGAUGGGACUGCUUGUUGGAUUGGAGGUCCUCAUGGGCGCUGCUGGUGCCGCUGGUUUUUUGCUCGACCUGACUGUAAGCAGGCAGCGCAAGCUGUCCAAUGCCGAGGCGGGAGAAUUUGUUAUGGAGACAAAGCACUGA